CACGCACACCCACAGGCAGCUCGUGCUCGUGGCAAUUUACUCCCCGUGAAGCGCUGCCUGGUUACCACCACGGCGGAGCCAUCUCCUCCCUCCCCGCUGCCGGUGAGCACCCAGGCGGGCUCUAAUCUCCGCAGACCACGGGAGCCGAGCCGGAGCAGCAGUGAACAGGAGUUGCUUUGUUUGUGCUGACUGGGCGUUCCCUGCUUCCACUCUGGAGGAGAUGGGUCGCAAGGAAGAGGACGACAGCAGCUCCUGGAAGAAACAGACGAGCAACAUCCGAAAAACAUUCAUUUUCAUGGAGGCCCUGGGAUCAGGUGCCUUUUCGGAAGUUUUCCUAGUGAAGCAAAGAAGCACUGGCAAGCUCUUCGCUCUGAAAUGCAUCAAGAAGUCUCCUCUCACAAGGGAUAGCAGCUUGGAAAAUGAAAUAGCAGUGUUGAAAAAAAUAAAGCAUGAAAACAUCGUGACUUUAGAAGAUAUUUACGAGAGUACAACCCACUUCUACCUGGUCAUGCAGCUGGUAUCUGGGGGAGAGCUAUUUGAUCGAAUUUUGGAACGAGGAGUUUACACUGAGAAAGAUGCGAGUGUGGUGAUCCACCAGGUCCUGACAGCAGUGAAGUACCUCCACGAAAAUGGAAUAGUUCACCGCGACUUGAAGCCUGAAAACCUUCUUUACCUUACUCCCGAAGAGAACUCCAAAAUCAUGAUCACAGACUUCGGCUUGUCUAAAAUGGAACAGAACGGCAUCAUGUCCACUGCCUGUGGGACUCCGGGAUACGUUGCCCCCGAAGUCCUCGCCCAGAAACCGUACAGCAAAGCCGUAGACUGCUGGUCCAUUGGAGUCAUCACCUAUAUCUUGCUGUGCGGGUAUCCUCCUUUCUACGAAGAGACUGAAUCCAAACUGUUUGAAAAGAUUAAGGAAGGCUACUAUGAGUUUGAGUCUCCAUUUUGGGACGACAUCUCUGAGUCAGCCAAGGAUUUCAUCAGACAUUUACUGGAGAAAAACCCAAACAAGAGGUUUACCUGUGAAGAAGCCCUGCGGCACCCAUGGAUUAAUGGAAAUACAGCCCUUCACCGUGACAUAUACCCAUCUGUCAGUGCUCAGAUUCAGAAAAACUUUGCAAAGAGCAAAUGGAGGCAAGCCUUCAACGCCGCAACCGUUGUGCACCACAUGAAGAAGCUCCACAUGAACGGUCAUGCAGCGGCUGAACGCACCAUCCCUAUCAUACAAAUCUCAGAGGCAUCCAGACCCAACACACCCACAGUGGCCACCCGGCCAACAAUACCAAACGAAGAUGAGGACACAUCACUCCCUCUGGUCCCCACGCAGGGCUGUCCAAACCCUCCCACUCAGCUGGAGCAAGACACAGGAAUGAGAGAGGGAAAGCCACAAAGCCACUCAGAGAAUGGACCGCCGCCCACAGGCAGCAACCUGGUCCUGCCAGAUAACCAUAGCCCACCAACCAGAACUUCUUGUGGCUACAGUCCAGCCUGCGUGGGGCACGAGAAAACGAAGACGUCCUUCCGCUCCCAGACAGUACUUCUUAAAAAAUCUGCAAAAUCCCAUCAUUUCAAAACAGAAGUUCUUGUUCCAAUGAAAACCAGUAAACACUCUUCUCACUGUGGCACUGGGCAAACUGGAGUUUGUUUGAUCAUGUGAUGAGGAGGCAGCCACCGGGCUCCCCACAUCACCAGCGAAACAGAAGGGCUGUUUUACUCUUUUCUGCGCUUCAAAGCCAGACAUCAACAGUGCAAGCAAGAAAGGAGGCUGUGUCCUGCCAGGAGCAGGCGGGCAGCAGCAUCCCAGAGAGCAGCGACCGACUGGUGACGAGCGGCAUGUUAGUCCCAGGAAUCCAUCAAUGCAGUGACCUCAGGGUGUUUCUGGAUCGUUAAAACUGGGAGAAGGCACUUUAGUAAGGGAAAGUCUGAGGCUACUGCAGGCAUAUUCAGUGUAUAUUAUCUAUAUGACAUCGCUCAAUGCUAUAAGCUUUUGUUUUCUGCAUAUUGUUUAGUUGUCCAAUGCAUAAGUGCACUGCACAACAUAAAUCCUAUAAACCAAAGCUAUGCAGAGUUUUACUCAGUGGCAGCUCAGCUAUUUUUACAAUCUGCAUCCUGUCCUUGGAUUUUGGUUAGUCCCAGGGUUCGGCACUCUGAAGUUCAGCAUCAACCAGCUGCCCAGGCUGUGCAGUUCUCACUUCAGCUACAAAAGGAAAGAUAACCUGCUAGCAACCUCCAUAUGUCUGAUAAUAAUCACAGCAAGGUCUAAAUUCCCUGCUUCCAAGUCUGUAAUUGCACAAUAAAUACUUGCUUAAUAAAGCUGAGUUUUGUUUUGUAAA